AUGAAUAUAAAUCAAAUUAUGUCUCUUUUUGUUUGUUUUUGUUUAUUUUCGUCAAUAUACUUAAUAAAUACUGUUCAUUCACAAGGACCUUUCCCAUAUAAUACUACUGAGGGUUGUUCGAUGAAUGGUUUAAAUGCAAGUUAUAUUGAAAGUGGUCUUUAUCCACCUUAUCAUAAUCAAAUUUUAGCUCCAGGUACAUGCCAAUAUUCACAUCCAGAAUAUUCAGAAACAUCAUGUUGUACAAAUGGUCAAACACUUGUUUUAUUAUCAAACAUGGUAAUGGGAUCUGCAGUAUUUGCACGUUGUCCAGCAUGUUUAUUUAAUGUAUGGGAUUUGUGGUGUGCAUCAUCAUGUUCACCAUAUCAACAAUCAUUUAUGGUACCAACAAGUAUCGAUAGUAAAACAGGACAAAUCUUAAGCGUUGAUUUCGUCAUUCAUCCCGAUUACGCUUGGGGUUUAUAUAAUUCAUGUAGUGGUGUAAAUUCAGAUGGUGCACCACCUUUUGGUACAAUUUUUCAUACACCUCAAGAUUUUUUUAGUGGUAUCUUUGCACUUAAUCCAGCAUUUUCAAUCAAUUGGGUUUUCAAUGAAACAGGUUAUAUAAGUCCAACUGCUCCAUGCGCUGAAUCUUGUUCAUGUGAUCAAUGUGGUGAUGCUUGUGGUCCACCACCUACUGUUGGUGAAAUUGGUUUAUUUAAUAAUUCUUUACCACAAACUUAUUUGUUUAAUCAUGAAAUUCCAUUUUUAUCAGUUUGGAUGAUUUGGACAUUUAUUAUGUUUACAUUAGUUUUAACAUAUGGUACUAGUAUGGGAUUAGUUUUAUUUGGAAAUGUAAAGUUUUUCGAUUCAACUAAAGUAAAAGUAAUAGCAUCAUUAGUUUUAUCAAUUUCAUUUAUUAGUGCAAUUUUAAUUCCAUUCAUUUCUGGUAAAGUACCACUUCAUGAUAGUUCAUGUCAAUGGAAAAUGCCAUCCGAUCAACUUUGGAAUUGUUCAUUAGCUUUGGGUGUUGGAAUUUAUGAGCUUAUUACUUUUAUUUUCUUAUUUGUCAUCUCAAUUGUUAUCAUUGUUCUUUAUCAUAUUGGUUCAAAUAAUCGUCCAAUUCCAGGUUCCUCUUCAAAUGCCUCAGUUGUAUAUGAUGCAUUAAUUUCUUCCAAUAGUAGUAAUAAUGAUAAUAGUAAUAGCAAUAACAAUGAACAACAACAACAACAACCAUCAACAAUUAUUCAAAGAUUCUUUUAUUGGUAUGGUCAUAAAGUUGCAUCAAAACCACUUAUUGUAAUUUUAAUUUGUAUUAUAAUAACAGCAGGUUUAGGUAUUGGUAUUAUAAAAUUAGAAAUUGAACAAGAUCCAGUAAAAUUAUGGGUUGCACCAGAUAGUAGAGCAGCAUUAGAUAAAACUUAUUUCGAUAAUAAUUUUGGACCAUUUUAUCGUGUUGAACAAAUUAUUAUAACACCAAAGAAUCAAACUAAAUAUCCAACAGUUAUAGAAUAUGAUUUAUUAUUGGAAUUAUUUGAAAUCGAAUUAUCAUUAAUGAGUUUAGAGGCAGAAUAUGAAGGAGAAUUGAUUACAUUGGAUUCACUUUGUUUCAAACCAACAAAACGUGGUUGUUUAAUUGAAAGUACAUCUGGUUUAUGGCAAAGAAAUAUUAGUAAACUUAAUUAUACCCAAUCAGAGGAAGGUGUUUUAACCUAUUAUGAAAAUUGUCAAUCGAGCUUACUUCAACCAGAUUGUAUGGAUUCAGUGGGAGCACCAGUUCAACCAAGAGUGGUCUUGGGUGGUUGGGAGAAUAAUAAUUCCUCUGCUGCAUCUGCUUUUGUUGUUACCUUCCUUUUAAAUAAUCCAACCGAUAUGGUAAAUACCGCCAUGGCAUGGGAACAAGUUUGGUUGGAUCAUAUCUCUGCCAUUGCUGCCACUUCUGAAAUUUUCGAUAUCACAUAUAGUGCCGAGCGUUCAGUUCAAGAUGAGUUAUCACGUGAAGGUAAUGCCGAUAUUCCAACUAUUCUAAUCUCUUAUUUCGUUAUGUUCUUCUAUGUCUCCCUUUCAUUGGGUAGUUACUAUCCAUUCCCAACUCGUUUCCUCUCAUUAUUUGUCCGUUCGCGUUUUGCACUUGGUUUUUGUGGUAUCAUCAUUGUAGCUGCCUCCAUCGUCAUUAGUGUUGGUGUUUGUAGUAUGGCAAAUUUAAAGGCAACCUUAAUCAUUUCCGAAGUAAUUCCAUUCCUUGUAUUAGCAAUUGGUGUGGAUAAUAUUUUCAUCAUUGUUAAUACCUUUGAAUCAUUACAUGUCGUUCGUUAUGAUCCACAUACUCGUGCUGCUAUCCUUCCAACCUCUGAAGAUUCAUUAGCUCGUACCCUCGCAAAAGUUGGUCCAUCAAUUGCUUUAGCAUCACUCAGCGAAUCAUUGGCUUUCCUAUUGGGUUCAUUAACAAAAAUGCCAGCAGUUCAAGCAUUCUCUUACUAUGCAGCAUUGGCAAUUUUCGUUGACUUUUUAUUACAGGUUAGUGCAUUCUCUGCCCUAUUGGUUUUGGAUUCUAAACGUGCCUCCUCAAGACGUAUCGAUUGUUUACCAUGUAUUGCAUUGGAGGAUGGUGAUAACUCUGAUAUGGAAGAUGAUGAUGAUGAAGAAAAUGAAAAAUUACCAUUUGCACGUGCCGACAUUAAUGCAAACUUUAAAAAUUCUCAACCAACCUAUUCCACUUCAUCAUCACCAAAGAAAACUACCCUCCUUCAAGUUGUCUUCAAAAAAUUCUAUGCUCCCUUUUUAUUACAUCCAAUCACAAAGAUGUUGGUUAUCAUUUUCUUUGUUGGUUUAUUGUUGACUGGUAUAAACUUUGCCUUCCAAGUCUCGAUUGGUUUAGAUCAACGUGUUGCCUUACCAAGUAAUUCUUAUCUUCAAGGUUAUUUCAAUAAUAUGGCCAAUCUUUUGGAGGUAGGUCCACCAUUUUAUAUCGUUAUCAAAGGUGAUUACAAUUAUACCGAUUUUGAAUCACAAAAUAAACUUUGUACAAUGGGUGGUUGUGAUAAAGAUUCAAUUGUCAAUGUAUUCAAUAAUGCACCAUUCAUCAAUAAAGGUAUUUCAAGUUGGUUGGAUGAUUAUAUUAGUUUUGCUCAAGCCCAAGGUUCUUGUUGUCUCAAAUAUCCAAAUGGUAGCAUUUGUUACAAUGGUGCCGACCCUUCCUGUGCACCAUGUUUCUCAAAUAAUGCACAAGGUCGUCCAGAUCCACAAUCAUUCAUACAAUAUUUACCAUUCUUUUUGAAUGUAUCAAAUACUGCCAGUUGUCCAUUGGCUGGUUUGGCUUACACAAGUGAUGCUCAUAUCGUCAAUGGCACUAUUGUUGCCUCAAGAUUCGAUGGUUAUCAUACAACUCUUAGAACUCAAGAUGAUUAUAUCAAUGCAGUUCAAACCGCUUAUUAUUUGGCCGAUAAUUCCGAUCUCGAUGUAGAGGUUUAUUCAAUCAUUUAUGUUUACUUUGAUCAAUAUCUAACAAUCAAGAGUGUAGCAAUAAUGGAUAUCCUUUUGGCAUUGGGUGGUGUAUUUAUUGUUUGUCUCAUUUUACUAUUGAAUCCAUUGGUUUCUUUCUUGGUUGUAAUUUCCGUUGGUAUGAUUUGUGUCGAUUUAUUAGGUAUCAUGGCAUUAUGGAACAUCUCUUUGAAUGCAGUUUCCGUUGUAAACGUUGUUAUGGCCAUUGGUAUUGGUAUCGAGUUUUGUGUUCACAUUGCUUCAACCUUUAUCAAUGCUCCAAAACAUUUCUCAAGAGAUCAAAAAGCAAAAUAUGCCGUCACUGAGAUGGGUAGUUCCAUCAUUAGUGGUAUCUUUAUCACAAAAUUAUUGGGUGUCGUGGUUUUAGGUUUCUCAACUUCAGAAAUUUUCACUGUUUAUUACUUUAGAAUGUAUCUCAGUAUAGUUUUCUUGGGUGGUUUACAUGGUUUAGUUUUCUUACCAGUAUUAUUAUCUUUAUUUGGAACUGAUACCCUUCAAUUAGAUCGUCUUUGUAAAUCUAAAAAAAAUAGUUAUUCACUUAAUGAUGAAUAA